GUGGGUGCGCAGAAUUGGACUCGGCUACCGCUCUAUUAAAACCACGAGUGGAAGUUUUCUUCUCCGUGACCUCCCGCCCGCUUCGCCAACCCAUCCCCCAUCCGUUUCUCGUUCCCCUGCCCCCUCCUUAACAAUGGCAGUACAGGCGCAGUACCCAUCCAAUCUCCUCCUCCACGACAGAGGUGAGCCGGAGAGGAAGGAGAUGGACAUGCCCAGGCCGCCGCAGCUCGCCGGAGUAUCGCCGGCGGCUCUCUACUUCUCCAGCGUUGGAGCGAGUGGGAAUCGGAGGAAGCGACCGAGGGAGGUCAUGGCGCCGCCGCCGGCCAAGGAGGAGUACGUCAACCUCUUCACGCUCCAGCCACGGCAGUCGACGUCGUUUGCCAACAUGGCGCGCUUCCAGAACCAGAACAGGGUCUCGUCGUCCCCGUCCCCGUCCCCGUCCGCGGCUGCACUCGUGUCUACUGGCCUCCGCCUGGCAUUCAACGAGCAGCAGCAACAGGAGAGCAAACAGAUGAAUGCCUUGUGCUACUCGUCGUCACCGUCGCUGUUCGCCUCCGUCUCCGACGAGCUUGCCGAGCAGGUGAAGCAGCAUGAUGAGGAGAUCGACCGAUUCAUCCGUGAACAGGGCGAGCAGCUCAGGCGGGCAAUGGCCGAUCGGCUGCGGCGCCACAACCGCGCGAUUCUGGUCCAGGCCGACCAGUCCGCCGCGCGCCGGCUCCGGGAGAAGGCGGAGGAGGCGGAGCGCGAGGCGAGGCGCGGCGCGGAGCUGGAGGAGCGGCUCGCGCGCCUCCGCGGCGAGGCGGCGGCGUGGCAGGCGAAGGCCCUCUCCGAGCAGGCCGCCGCGGUCACCCUGCACGCCCAGCUCCAGCAAACCGCCGCCGCGGCGCGGGCAUCUGUCGAGGAGCUCGCAGACGGCGAUGCGGGCCCGGCGGAAUCCUCGUCGUCGGCGUACGUGGACCCUCACCGCACCGGAUCGUCGGACCGCGCUUGCCUCAACUGCCGCCUCAGGCCGGCCAGCGUGGUGCUCCUCCCCUGCAGGCACCUCUCCCUCUGCGGCGAGUGCUUCGCCGCCGGCGACUCGGACGCCGCCAUGGCGUGCCCGGUCUGCUUUUGCGUGCGGACGGGGAGCGUGGAGGCCAUCCUCUGUUGAGCUGUCGUCCUCUCAUCCGGCCAUCCAUCUCCGUGAGUCGCCGAGUGCAUGAUGUGGAGGCAUCCUUCAAAGCCUUUCCAAAAAUGAAAAAAACAAGGUUGUAGGAAAGCUAGAUUUUUGUUUCAGGUUCUUGUUCAUAUUUCAACUCCUAUACCACGGAGUAUUAACUUCCUCAAAUCUCCUUUUAUACUUGGGGUUUAGGAGAAUUCAAUUGAUAAGUUCAUUGUUAAUACGCAGCAAGUGCAGCAGGUGCACGGUGAUGCAUCUUAAUUUCUCUCUCUAUCUAUCUCUGUCUUGUUUCUUCCUAAACACUACUAAUCAGGGAGAGCAGGUUUUCCA